UGUAAGUGAAACGAGAAGGAUAAGAUGGUCACGUACUCCCCGUCGUGUGACAAAAAUUUACAUUAAAUGUACAGUUUCUCGUAUCUCUCGUCCGUGGUCGAACCCGACAUCGAAAUAGUGGCACAUGGCAGGAUAAGAACAUAAAAUGAUUACUACAACUUCCACUAGAUGACGUUUCAAAAAAUAUUGUCUUGCUGAGAACUCGCCACAUGGUUCACAUGAUAUUGAAUGUUUAUAACCAUUCUUGUAAUCUCAAUUCGUUUAGUAAACGUGUAGAAGAUGGGUCAAAAACGUAAGAAUCGUAAUGAAAAGGAUGAUUUUGAAUACGAUCCACAUCCUAAGCAUCUUCAAAUAGCUCAUAUAAAAAAUCAAGAAAAGCGUUUAAUUAUUAUUCUAGAUAAGGCUCAAUUGGAAUCUGUGAAGGUGAGGUUAUGUUUUGUUGACAAUAUUAUAAUGUUGUUUUUAUUGUAUUGUNAUGACCAUACAAGUAUAUUGAAGAAAAAUAAUCGUGAUCCGGGAACAUGUAGACCAGAUAUAACUCAUCAGUGUUUAUUAAUGUUAAUGGAUAGUCCUUUAAACAGAGCUGGAUUAUUACAAGUUUAUAUCUGUACAGAAAAAAAUGUAUUAAUAGAAGUGAAUCCGCAAACUAGGAUUCCAAGAACAUUUAAACGUUUUGCUGGUCUUAUGGUUCAAUUAUUACAUAAAUUUAGUGUUCGAGCAUCUGAUGGGCCAAUGAAACUAUUAAAAGUAAUUAAAAAUCCAGUGACAAACCAUUUACCUGUUGGAUGUCGUAAAAUAGCAAUGUCAUUUAGUGCAAAUAAGGUACAGAAUCCACGUGAAUUAGUUCUUCCUGAUGAACCAAUUGCUAUUGUAGUAGGUGCAAUGGCACAUGGACAGGUAAAGCCUGAUUAUAUAGAAGAUACUAUAUCUAUAAGCAAUUAUCCAUUAUCUGGAGCUUUAACAUGCAGUAAAUUGUGUACCGCAUUUGAAGAAGUUUGGGGAGUAGUUUAGAUACUAAAUUGACUACAUGCAUUAUGUACAUGUAAAUUACACGUGUUAUAUUUAUUUUUGUAUAGAAUUAUAAAAUUAGUCUUACUAAAUAUAAAACGUAAUAAUA